UGACCUCAUGCUGUGCCAAGUCACAAAGUUCCUGGUCUGGACUCUGAUAGAAAAAACCCUGUAUGGCAUGUGUAUCAACGCUCAAGGCGCUGAAAGGCAAUAAAACCAGCGUAUCCAAACUGAACCUUUUCAGAUGAGCCACUCCCUGAAUGUCACACACGGAGGGAGAUCUCCGCCGCAGAAAAAUCCACAGAAAGUGUCCCGAGGGUCGUAGAUCCUAUUAAUGUUCUGGGUAUGUUGUGGACUUCUACCUGAAGACAACCUGCGUGCAGGUGCCAUUGUAUCCACCAGCCAAAAGAUACCUUCACCUCCUGCCAGAGUUUGUUUGCUGGAAAAAUUAAGAGAAUUUUUUUUACAGCUAUGAGUUGGCUCAAGACAUGGAGUGCUAGAACCUUCUGCUGUCUUGUGUUGCUUGUUAUUAGCUUCACUUCCUUAUAUUUAAGACAUUUAGCGACCCUCAGCCCUGCCAAAAACCUGCCAGUGGCCAGUGAAGGAGAACAGAGACAGAUCAUCAAUUUAGCCAAGGCACUUAAGUUACGACAAUUAACGACCCUCGUCCCUGUGGACAACCGGCCAGUGGCCAGUGAAGGAGAACAGAGACGGAUCAUCAAUGUAGAUGACACGCUUAAGUUUGGACAAUUAACGACCCUCGUCCCUGUGGACAACCCGCCAGUGGCCAGUAAAGGAGAACAGAGACAGAGCAUCAACGUAGAUGACACGCUUAACUUUGGGGCCAGGCCACAGGUUGCUACACGUACGUCUUGGAAUGCUCCCAUCAUCUGGGAGGGGAUGUUCGACCCUAAUCUUUACGACCAGCAGCACAUCGAAAGAAAUUCAACUGUGGCCCUCACUGUGUUUGCUGUGGGAAGGUACCUUGACGCCUACCUCAAGACUUUCCUUACCACAGCAGAACAACACUUUAUGUUGGGGUUACAGGUGACAUAUUACGUUUUCACGGAUCAGCCAGAGAAGGUACCAAAUAUCGACCUUGGUCCUAAGCGGAGCCUGAAGGUGAUGUCGGUGGAAAAGCACUCCAGGUGGCAGGACAUCUCCAUGAUGCGAAUGAAAACAAUAUCAGAUACCAUUGAAUCAGAGAUUCGUCACCACUGCAGAUAUGUGUUCUGCUUUGAUGUGGAUCAAGUGUUUAAGGGAAGGUUUGGCUCAGAGGCUCUGGGGGAUUCUGUGGCUUUGCUACACGCGUGGUUUUACAAACUUCCAAAGAACAGAUUCACCUACGACAGAAACCCCAAAUCCAAAGCCUUCAUGGAAACUGGAGAUUACUACUACCAUGCUGCUGUCUUUGGAGGCUUGUUGGAAAAUGUGAAGAAUUUGGCAGAUUUCUGCUUUCUGGGUAUCAUGGAGGACAAAGGAAACAACGUGGAGGCUCUGUGGCAUGAUGAGAGUCAUCUGAAUAAGUACUUUUGGCUUCACAAACCAAGCAGGCUGCUCUCCCCCGAAUACUGCUGGGACCAGAUUAUUGGUAAGAACACUGACAUACGUGUCCAGCGUCUAAUAUGGGCACCAAAACAAUAUAACAAACUCCGUACGCGGUAGAGUGGCUAAAAGAGCCAAAGUCUGACAAAUACAAGAUUGUUUACUGUAAGAUCUGUAUUGAAAUCUUACCUUUUCAGGGAUUUGUAGAAAUGUGUAUAUAGAAGCACUUGGUGCCUUCUGUUUUGAAUGCUUAUUUCUGAGCAACACCACUGUCGACCGCCAGCUUGGCAGUUAUUGGAGAGAGAAAACCCAAAUUUGGUGAAAGACAGUGGAACCAGGGUGAAGAAUCGGAUCACUUAAACCUGACCAGAUUACAUUAAUGGAUUAGGAGCAGCAGUUGCAGAGGCAAGGGAAAGCAAACUGAUCAUGGUGUGUGAAGUUUCAAUGGGAAUGCAGCACGCUUCAUUUGACAGUUCAAUUGAUGAAGACAUCAGCAGAAUGAAAAUAUCUUUGUAAACAUAUCUUUGUAAACAUAACAUAAGUGUAGCAAAUUCUCUCACAGUCUCUUACAGCGCUCGACAGUGCAAGCGUUUCACUCGCAUUUGUGACUAAAAAUAGGUGUGUGCGAACUGUAAAAAAUAUUUAGGGGCACAUGUGCACAUAAAAAAAUCUGCCGAAGCAGCCUAUAUUUUUGUCAAUAAAAAAAAUAUGAUAAUCUAACCGCAAAUGUUGGAGGAACUCCAGCAGCCUUGCCUCUUCCCUCUUCCCCGUGUGAUACGGUUAUGUGCGGUUUUCCAAGCCACUGUCGACACAAUGAAUAUAAGUCCCACUGUCGGCAGGGUGGAAAUAAGUCAAAGUGUGGCGGAGACGAGGGACCGAGAAAAGCGGCGGACCUCCGGGGAAGCCUGCUCUGUUCUCCCCGCAGUUAGGGACCGUUCGCCACGGUACCGCUGCUGGGCAGGGUGGAAAUAAGUCCUGCAGAGUUUCAGAGGACCUGGAGAAUAUUUUAGGAUACUAAUAACAUUAUAUAAGAUAAUCAUAUUGCAGAGAUAAUAUAUAUAAGAUAAUAACAUUAAAGACAAAAUUAAAUUGCAAUACUUUUUCAAAACUUGAUGAUUUUACCUUUCUGUACAUUUUGUAUACAAAUUCAUUGAAUAAUUUUGCUUGUAAAUGUCUAUUUGCAUCACGUUUAUUACGGAAAACACAUUAUUUGAUCAAUUUACAUUGUGCCCCUAAAGUUCUUUGUGCGCUCCUUACUUUUUCAACUUAGGAGCACAUGUGCUCCUUGGGAAAAAAGUUAGCGUCAAGCCCUGUCUUAGUUUACAGGCUAUCAAUUAUUUACUUUGUUAUUAUUAUCUGUGGUUGUUAAUGGUGUAAUAAUAACACCAUAAAAAUAUUUAUGGAAUAUUUAUAUUUAUUGUGCUAGCCGUAUGGGGAGAAAAGUCACACAAAAAAAACAUGAUUGACUUUAAAAAAAUCCAGAUUAUAUCUGAGUUAACUGUUUAUUAUUGUUUUAUAUUUAUCUUACAUAAAGCACUUUGAUCAAUAGCAGCUAAAUGUCUUCAUCUGCUUGUCUAAUCAGCUGCUGCAUUUUUUUCCUGUAGAUGAACUUGCUUAUAGAAACUGCCUUACAGAACAGCAAUGACACGUACCAUAGACUCUUUACAUGCACAUGAAAAACCCAUUCAAGAGGUCCUGGUUAUAAUUAUAUUCGGGAUAUGGUGUUUACAUGAGCUCAGGGAAAUCGGGUUAUUCAUAUUCCCAGUAUACAUCGCAGAUUAUUUGGCUGUACUCCAGCUAACAUAUUUGGGUCUCUCAUAAACUGAAUAUGGUUUUUACAUGUUCAAUCACAUUAAAGGGGAUACCCCAAACACCUGAUAAUAGACUGGAUAUUCAUGUUCAUGUAUAAGCAUGAACUAGUGGAGUCUAUGGACCUUUGCAUUGCUGUUCUGUUGCUAGGGCAACAGCUUUGGUCCUCGUUCACUUCCUGUCAGCUAAUGUAUUAACAAACACUUCAAAAGGAAAUAAUGUUGUUUUGUUUAUGUUAAUCUUCAUGUUGUCAAGUUUAAGAUUAUAAGUCCUUCACCUACUAAACUAAAUUGUGUAUGUUAAAGAGUAAGUUACGGGCCAGUUCCAUGAGCUGUUUCACAUCUAAAAAAAAAGAAAUGUCUGUCAAAAACUAAAACAAAAAAAAACAAAAAAUACUAUUAAAGUUAUUCUGAUUAUUAUCUUAGCUCAAGCUAAGUCGCACUACAAGUGGGCAAAAAUUCCAACGAAGAGUGCAAAAUUAUUGGUAAUUGUUAACAAAAUGCACUUUAAGUACAGACCUUUUUGGACAAAAAUAUGGCACUAUAUGCACUAUGAAAAGCUGUACCAUUUAAAAUUGCCUGUUUGGGUUCAUGUAAUAUGUAUUUCAAGGUGUUGCUGUUUACAGGCCCUCGAUAUUUAAUAACAGAAAUUUACACAGAUAUACGCUGUACCAUUUUUAUCACAGCUGACCAAACACUGCAGCACAGGAAAUUGUGUCUGAGAUUUACUAUCUAGAAAAGGCAGGUGUAAAGUCUGCGACACAGUAUGACUCACAGAAGGAGAGAGAGACUGAAGGAAACACUUACUGCACAAACACACACACACACACACACACACACACACUACACAGAGCCAAACCCUGAACUGCCAGCCUCUGACCAUUUCCAAGUUCAUUGUGUCUGUGUGUGGAAAGUAUCCUUCUUUGAAAAUUGACAAUAAAUUGUUGAAAUGAUAUGUAAAUUCACAAUGUUGAUUUUAUUUGAUAGAUUAAAUUAAAUAAUGAGGUUUGAGGUAACUGACCUCUUUAAAUUUUAUUGAACGCUUCUGGUCUACAAGGUCCUCCACUUCCAUAGUCCAUUGCUUUUCACAUCAUGAUCACACACAAGGAGAAGGAGCACACACACAAACAAGCAGUAAAAAAUGUAUGCAAUUCAGUUUGCUCCUACAUGUCUUGUAAUUUUUUUCAUUUAGAAGUGCAUGUGCUCCUUGGGAUAAAAUUAUCACCGAGCCCUGUACCUAAAUAAGACUGACAUGAGUAAUGCAUGUCAAGAGCCUGUCUGCCCGGCUCACCCCUGGGUGGCCCACCUCACCACUCAGCAUGAACCACCCAGCAGCCACCUGUGUCAUUCAGCUGACCUCAGAUCAGCUUGGACCUGUCUGACUGAAAGCAGCGAUGCAUUAUUCAUAGACUGCCACCAUCUGGCACAUCAGUGCACCCUGCCACCUUACCACUCACCCUGUCAAAGACACACAAGCCAGAGAAGGGCAGUAUCAACAGAGCAGUCCUCGCCUUAGUGCGUGUAGUUUACAGGCCAAAUGGGGAGGCCUUUUAGUUUAAGGGUCUGUUAAUAUACAACAACAAUUUUCACAGGAUUAUAUAGCUGCCACUGAGUCUAUUGAAUGAGGAGGUUCCUGAGAAAAUGUGAGGUUGUGAGGGAACACUGUAUUCCAGUCUAAUGUAGUGUAUGUACCUUCACAAAUUAUGACACAGGACACCACGUUCUAAAGUUUAAGAAAGUAAAAGACUUCCUGUAGUUCCUCCUAGUUUAUCGAGCAAAGAGUGAAUGCCAGAGAAGAAGAAUCCCAGAAGUGCUGUUUAACCAUGUGCCACAUGAGGGUGCUAGUGUCAAGUCUGCCUGAGAUACACAACUGCCUUUGCACCGGACAAUACACCAAUGCAUGUGUUGUGCACAUGUACGAGUGUGGACAGUAUUGUAGCAAUGCAGGUUUUCUCAGUGCAAAUUUAAAGGCUAUAUUCCAUAGUGUCUGGAGUCAUUGCUUUGCUGUCCUCUCUGGUUCAAGCUUGUUUUACCUACGACCAAAUGCAGCCUCUCUGAUGGGUGUCGUUGAGUGUAGUCAGAAGUGUGUUACACCUGUAACUUCACCCAACAGUAAUAUCACAAGAUCCCAGUGUCCACUGCUGCCAUCACUGCAGCAAGGGGAAGAGUUAAACCACUGGACCUCAGCAAAGACAAGAUUCCAGGUGGUGUUAAGUGUGUCUUAAUUCACAAUUCUCUGUG